AUGCGCGGCAAAAUCGCCCUCGAAGAAGCAUUCUCCCUGUCGCGCUUCCGCGAGUUCGAAGAAUGGUGGGCCUCCAUGUUCGCCGCCGACGCCAAGAAACAUUGCGAUGAGAUGAUUGAUCUCUUCGAAAAGCGGCUGGCAUACAUGGACAAGUACGGCGUUGGAUACCAGAUCUUUUCGUACACUGCGCCUGGUGUGCAAGAUCUAUGGAAGCCUGAUGAGGCUGCUGCUAUGGCGAAGGAGGUCAACGAUUUUAUUGGGAAACAAAUCCAGGGCAAGGAAGACAGGUUCGGGAGCUUUGCCGCACUUUCAAUGCAUGAUCCAGCCGAAGCUGCGGCAGAGCUUGAGCGCUGCGUAAAGGAGUAUGGCUUCCUUGGUGCUCUCGUGAACGACACUCAACGAUCAAGCGAGGAUGGCAACCAGCGCAUCUUCUACGACCAGCCCGAGUGGGACGUCUUCUGGUCCAAAUGCGAGGAACUGAAUGUUCCUUUCUACCUUCAUCCGCGCCACCCGACCGGCGCACAGUACGAUCAGAUGUACAAAGACCGGAAGUAUAUUAUCGGUCCACCUGUAUCCUUCGCUAAUGAUGUCUCCGUCCACAUCCUGGGCAUGGUGACCAACGGCGUCUUCGAUCGCCACCCCAAGUUGCAAGUCAUCAUCGGCCAUCUGGGAGAACAUCUUGUAGCUGAUCUCUGGCGCAUCAACCACUGGUUGGAAGACGUCAAGAAGCCCCUCGGACUGAGCAGUCAAGAAGGCAAGACUGUGCGCCAGUACUUCCGUGACAACAUCUGGAUCACGACAUCCGGCAACUUCUCUGGGCCUUUGCUAGACUUGUGCAUGCGGGAGGUGGGCGCUGAUCGUAUCUUGUUCUCUGUGGACUACCCUUUUGAAUCGUUUGAGGACGCCUGCAAUUGGUUUGACCAGACAGAGCUGAACCUCAUUGAUCGUGCGAAGAUUGGACGGGACAAUGCGAAGCGUUUGUUCGGGCUGGAGAAGUUCAAGGACAGCGACGUGGAGGUCGAAGAUGCUGCGCCCUCGUGGUCCAAAAUGCCUCAAUCGGUUGCUCCGUAG